AUGGUCCGAGGCGAAGCCAGCUCCAGCAGCAUGCCACGCGCUUUGAGCAUCGCAGGCUCGGACUCGGGAGGCGGUGCCGGCAUCCAAGCCGAUCUGAAGACUUUUGAAGCCCUCGGCGUGUACGGCAUGACCGUUAUCACAGCGAUCACGGCCCAGAAUACGGUUGGAGUGCAGGCCGUGGAGGGUGUGUCUCCCGCUUUGGUUCGCGCCCAGUUACAGAGCGUUCUGAGCGACAUCGGCGUUGACGCCAUAAAGACUGGUAUGCUUUUGGACUGCGGCACCAUCAACGUGGUGGCAGAUACCAUAGAGAGCAGCGAACCAGCUGCCAUGGCGCCUCUGGUCGUCGACCCAGUCAUGGUGGCAAAGAGCGGCGACCGCUUGCUUGCCGCCGAUGCAGUAGCGGCCUUGAAGACUCGUCUUGCACCGCUGGCAACGGUUCUAACGCCAAACAUCCCCGAGGCCGAACAGCUGCUAGGUAGGCGCCUCACAAUCGAUAGCAUGGAUUCAAUGCGACGUGCACUUGUCGAGCUCAUGGAGGAGUUGCCUGAAACGCGCGCAGUUCUUCUCAAGGGCGGCCACCUAGACUCCACUGGCAACGUCUGUGUUGACCUGUUUAGCGAUCGCGUACACGGCGGUCUAACUGAGCUUACACUUUCAAGACUUAGCUCGAGGAACAGUCACGGAACGGGCUGCACCACUGCAUCGGCGAUAGCUGCUGGCCUCGCUAAGGGCUACCCCUUGCUUAAAGCAGUUUACCUGAGCAAGCGAUAUGUGCACGGGUGCAUUGAGCAUGCCUUGCCGUUGGGCGCUGGGUGUGGUCCGCUCUUCCACGCACACCUUCAGGCAGCAGAUGGUGCUCUCGAUGCUAAGCUGAAGGAGCUUAUCGGAGACUGA